AUGCCAGCAGCGGUAGCAUCCAAGCCCAACGGAGACUUGGCGAACGGCCAUGGCUCCGUAAAAAGCUCAUCGGUAAAAUCUAGAGGUGCUUUGAAAAGGUUAAAGGCAAAACAAAAAGCAGCUGCUGGGGUAGGAAAAAAUGGGAAUACAAGUGGUAGAGAAGACGCAUCUGCUAGCGAACCACCAACAGAUACAGAAAGUGAUGUAGAGUCUGUUACAUCGACAAGUACGGCGGCAACUUCAGUGGAUGUAGAGAUAGAUACUUCCGAUCCAGCCUAUUCGGCAUUCUCAUCGAUAUUAGCUCGAUUCCAAGGGCAGGAAGGUGGAGAUGCACUGGAAGCUGGGCAGGAUGCUGGACCGGCCAAGGGAGAAGUGUAUUAUUCGGAUGAAGAAGAUGACGAUGAGGAAGAUGUAAGGAAAGCUGCUCAGAGGGCGGCUGAUCAGGAAGGUCUGACAAGACGUGAAAGGAGGAAAGCUGCGAAAUUGACAGUAGCAGAGUUGAAACAACUGGUGGAUCGACCAGAAGUGGUAGAAUGGUUUGAUUGUGAUGCGCGUGAUCCGAGAACUUUGGUCAACCUCAAAUCAUAUAGAAAUACCGUACCAGUACCUGCUCAUUGGAAUGCCAAAAGAGAUUAUCUGGCCGGAAAGAGAGGUAUAGAGAAACCACCUUAUCUACUUCCUCCUUGGAUCGCGGAUACUGGAAUUGGUGAACAGAGAGAUGCUAUAAAAGCCAAAGAAGCUGAACAGACCUUAAGACAGAAGACAAGAGAAAGAGUGCAGCCUAAGAUGGGUAAAAUCGAUAUUGAUUAUCAGAAAUUACAUGAUGCCUUCUUCAAAUUCCAGACGAAGCCUAGUAUGAGUAGAUUCGGUGAAGCUUACUAUGAAGGGAAAGAACUGGAGACUGAUUUACGGACUAAGAAACCCGGAGAACUUUCAGAUGAAUUGAUAGAAGCAUUGUCAAUACCCCCCUUGGCCCCACCACCAUGGUUGAUCGCAAUGCAGAGAUUCGGUCCUCCACCAAGUUAUCCAAAUUUGAGAAUCAAAGGCUUGAAUGCCCCCAUUCCACCUGGCGCUCAAUGGGGUUUCCAUCCUGGUGGGUGGGGUAAACCGCCAAUGGACGAUUUCAAUCGACCGCUAUAUGGGGAUGUGUUCGGUGUAAUGCAAGGUGCUGAAAUAGCAAACCAAGAUCAAAUCGACAGAACAUUAUGGGGAGAGAUUGAGCAACUGGAUGAAGAAUCCGAAGAGGAGGAGUCCGAUGAGGAGGAAGAAGCAGAAGAAGACGAGGACUCAGCGCCUGUCAGAUCAGGUAACGCCCCUGCAGACGGUUUGGAAACACCCUCGGGAUUGGCUACUCCAUCAGGAUACAACUCUGUCGUAUCUACUGUUCCUGGUGGAUUGGAAACUCCCGAUUUCGUUGAUCUCAGGAAGAACACCCGGGCGGAGAGUGAAGAUGUAUCUUCUGGACCUAGAGAGCUUUAUCAUGUUAUACCAGAGAGAGAGACUUCAAGUAGAGGGUUCAUGGGAUCGUCAACCGCUUAUGAUGUUUCGAAUGUUGGUAGACCUGGUGGACCGGCUGUAUUGGGUGCGGAAGAUUCCGGUAGGAAGCGCAAAGCAGGUGAUGUCGAAAUAUCUAUAUCAGAAGAUGAAGACUUGACGCAAGAACAACUGAAAGCUAAAUACGAAGCUUCAAGAUCACAAUCUUCUAAAGUGUAUGUACCUGGUGCCGAUGCUGAUAGAAGUGGUUUCGAUGAUGUUAUGGUUGGAGAGAUGAAGAAGAGAGCAAGGAAGGAUGAUAAGAAAGGUAAAGACAAGGCGGAGAAAUUCAAAUUCUAG